AUGAAGUUCUUCGAUGUUGCCGUCACUUUCACUGCAGACCAAUUUCAAGGCAUCUACCGAGGAAAGCAGUAUCACGAGCCAGAUUUUGCAGAAGUCCUGAAAAGAGCCCGAGAACAUGGAUGUGAAAAGACCAUGCUCACCACCAUGAAUCUGGAAGGCGCGAAACAAAAUCUGCAAGCAGUGAGGGAGUUCCCCACGAUGUGCAAAAUGACCUUAGGCGUGCAUCCCUACCAUGCCACCGAAAUCUAUGAACAGCCCGAGUCACAGUAUCUCAACGAGCUGCGCGAACUGGGCGAAACUCUUAUGGCUGAGCACCCCUCACCUCUUGCUGCAUUUGGGGAAAUCGGCUUGGACUACGAGUACCUGGAUCGGGCCGAUAAGCAGACGCAGCAACGUGCAUUCCGCGAGCAAUUAGAGUUGGCCGUGCAAUUCCAAUUACCGUUGUUCUUGCAUGUUCGUGAAUCAGCUGAAGACUUUAUUUCCAUCAUCAAGCCUUUUCUGCCAAGACUGCCGCGUGGGGGGCUAGUGCAUUCUUUUGCGGGGACGAAGGGGGAGAUGCUCCAGCUUGUGGAACUAGGUCUUGAGAUUAGUGUGAACGGUGUCUCGUUCCGGACGGAUGAACAGUUGGAAAUGGUUAGAAGCAUCCCAUUGGACAAGUUGCAACUGGAAACCGAUGCCCCGUGGUGUGAGGUCUUGUCUAAUGAUCCCAAAAUCACGGGAUAUCUGGAAACUGCGAGGCCUUUGCCGGCGAGUCGGAAGCAUAACAAGUUUAUCUUGGGGCAAAUGGUCAAGACACGCAAUGAGAGUUGUUUUAUGGAGCAGGUGGGAUUAGUUGUGGCGGGUUUGAAGGGCGUUGCUAUGGAAGAAGUGGUAGAGGCCGCUUGGAAUAAUAGCAGUCGGAUGUUUUGGUUAUGA